AUGUGUGGAAUAUCGGCCUACGUGGAUAUCCAAGGGCCCAAUGGACCUCCCUUGCAGGGGAGUGCUGAAGGUCGAAAAACGGAACUUAACAAGAGUUUGGAUAUCAUUAAACAUAGAGGCCCUGAUGCACGGGGUGUGUGGAUGAGUGCUGACACCAGAGUUGGCCUCGGCCAUGUCCGUCUCUCGAUUGUCGAUCUCAGCCCGGAUGGAAACCAACCCUUCGUCGAUACCCAAGAUGGCAUAACAGCCGUCGUCAACGGCGAACUCUAUGGCCACGAAGCGUACUACACCCAACUAGCAAACGAAUACAAUUUCCAAGGCAAAAGCGACUGUGAGAUCGUCAUUGCGCUAUAUAAGCACUAUGGACGAGCCUUUCUCUCGCACUUGCGCGGCGAGUUCGCCUUCGUACUCUGGGACUCCAAGCGCGAGGUCUUCUUCGCGGCGCGAGAUCGCUAUGGUAUCAAGCCUCUCUAUUAUACCAUCAUUGAUGAUCGGUUGAUUGUCGCGACGGAGAUGAAGGCGUUUCUGGGGUUUGGGUGGAGACCUGAGUGGUGCGUUGAGACCCUUCGGGGGUAUGCUUGGAAAAUGGGGACAAAGACAUUUUUCAAGGGGGUGCUUCCUGGGCAUUAUCUAGUUUGUCAGAAUUAUAAGGGGGGCAUUAAGCAGACCAUUUAUUGGGAUACUGAUUUUCCGGAUAAGAGGGUGCUUGAAACGCGGUCUGAAGCGGAGAUGGUAGAAGGCGUUCGGGAACGGCUGCUUGAAGCUGUUAGGGUGAGACUCAGGGCUGAUGUCCCCGUGGGGGUAUACUUGAGCGGAGGUCUAGAUUCUUCCGCCAUUGCAGGAAUCGUGGCUCACUUAAUCAAGGAGGAAGGCACCAAGCUGGGAAACGAUAAUACUGGGGAUCUGUCACGGCUGCGAUGCUUCACCGUGCAGUUCGACAAAGACAGCGGCGCGGAUGAGUCUGAUGUCGCACAGCGCACGGCCGACUGGUUGGGCGUUGAAUAUCACCCUAUACCAUUCCCGGACCUGAAUGGUCUUGGUAAGCUGGCUUUGUCCGAAAAGGUUCAUUCUCUGGGAAUGAAGGUUGUUCUCACAGGUGAAGGAUCCGAUGAACACUUCGUCGGGUAUCCCGAUUUCCGUCCUGACCUUCUCCAAGAGCCCGACUACUCCUGGCCAGCGGCAGACCUCCCUCCCCACGUUCGGGAGAAGGCAUGGCGAGAGGCACGCGACAAUACUGGUGCCGUUAUCUUCGGUGACGGUGGCCAUGUUGUGCCAGUAUCUACAGCUCGCAUGGUGAAUAACACGCAUACCAUGCGAGAGGUAGCGAAGUGCGGCUAUCUCCCCUUUCUCCCCUGGACAAGCACCUAUCUGUCUGCAGGAGACCCUGAGACCCGGCUGGCUGAGGACCUAGAUGGUCGGAUCCUCGAAAUGAUAGCCAACAAGUGGCAUCCAUUGCACACAUCGCAAUAUAUCUGGUUACGAUCAUAUCUACCCAACUUUAUCCUUCGAUGGGUCGGCGAUAACAUGGACAUGGCACACCACGUAGAAAGUCGUCCUGCAUUCCUAGACCACCACCUGAAUCAAUAUGUGAAUUUCCUGCCACCUAGCCUGAAGAUGCGGUACAAUCCUGAAGACAACACAUUUAACGAGAAGUAUAUUCUCCGGCAAGCUGCACGUCCCUUCGUUACUGAUGAGAUCUAUGCUCGCCGCAAGGUAGCGUACUGUGGCCCCACGCAGUAUAAAGAGAACGGACCGGUCCAUCGGGUUUUCCUGCGACUUCUGACCAAGGAGAAUAUUGAGAGGCUGGGGUUCCUGGACUGGGCUCUAACGGAAGAUUACCUGGAAAGGGCCUUCCGGCAAGGAGAUAGGAGAGCAUUUCGCAAUGCGGUCCUAAUCGCACAGUUUGUGGUUAUAAUGCAGCGAUUUGGGGUGCCCCCGGCCUCACCGAUUCCAAACUAG